AUGCAGGGGUAUGAUACAGCAGUAGGUGAACGUGGGGUGCAAUUGUCUGGAGGACAGAAGCAAAGAGUGGCCAUUGCCAGGGCUGUGGUAAAGGGCCCAAAGAUACUGCUACUAGAUGAAGCCACCAGUGCCCUUGACGCUGAAUCUGAACGGGUGGUUCAAGAUGCCCUGGACAGAAUCAUGGUGGGGAAAACCACAUUGGUGGUAGCCCACCGGCUGUCCACGAUCAAGGGAGCUGAUUUGAUUGCAGUGGUCAAGAAUGGGUUGAUUGCAGAAAAAGGAAAUCAUGAAAGUUUGAUGAAUAUUAAGAAUGGUCGUUAUGCCUCCUUGGUUGCACUACAUGCCACUGCUUCAUCUCAGUGAGUUGGAACUUGAAAGUUGUUUCCUCAAUCCAGAAUGAAGAAGCAGCAGGUGGGGUGGCAAUUUGGAAAGGGAACAGUAAGAUCAGGAUUUGUUCCCAUCCAUGGUUUUGAGAGAGUUGUGAUCUUAGGCUGUUUGUUU